GUUACGAUCACGCGUGCGGCGUCUGGUCUACUUGUGCUCACAUUGCUUGCACGUAUAUGUGUAAAAGAAGACGAAGACGAAGUGAGAAGGAAGGAAAGACCACAAAUAAAGGCCUCAUUUUGGGGAAUUGUUUCUGCAAACACAUAAUGUGACAUUUGGGCCAGAAAAGUGAGAUAAAGAGGGAGAGAGAGGGGUGGACUGUGACUCUCUCUCCCUCCCUCUUGCUUCCUCUCUCCUGGGAUCAUGGCCUGUCUGUAUAAAGGAGAGCCCAGCCUUCUUUGCUGGUGCCACAGCUGAGUCAGACUGACUUGAAGAGACUUCCAGCAGCAACCCUGAGACUGAUGAAAACCAGCUCCACAACGACCUCCAGACUCACGACUCGGACUCAAGAUUGUCCAGAAAAGUUGAGGCGUUCGAGUACUCCAGAAAGUGUUGGAGAUCAGGGAUCCUAGCUGGUCGAGAUUAACCGAAGAGCCUGAAGAGUCUUACAAGUGAAAUUGUUGCAAAGAGCGUAAAGAUGCAGGAGAAAGGCUUCUUCACCCAAAGGAAAGCAGCAGCAGCUCUGUGCAUUGUGCUGCUAAUGCUGGCUCAGCAGGUGUGUGCAGGUCCGUUGGUUCGGUCCAGCUCUGACCAGAAGGCCGAUUCGAGCGUCCACACACUGAGGAGGACGGCUCGGAUGACCCCGCUGUGGAGGAUCAUGAACAGUAAACCAUUUGGAGCUUAUUGCCAGAACAACUAUGAAUGCUCCACAGGAAUCUGCAGGGCGGGACACUGCUCCACCAGCCACCGCUCCCCCACAGAGCCCGUCAACUACUAGACGUCAACCAGCGAUCAGUGUUUACAUGAGUAUUCAGCCAUAAUCCUGAUGAAAGGUUCUCCAAACUGUUUUUUUUUUAAAUAGUUUUAUAUUUAUAUGUGCCAAUACGUUGCUGAUAAUAUCUACAUGUUUAUAUGAAUUUACACAGCAGGUAGUUAUAGAAAGGCUCCACUUGAUAUAUUUCAAAUGAGAAAUAUCAUUUAAAUUAAGAUAGUAGAUGGUGGGCUGAGGCAAUAGAGACAUUUACUGUAAGUCCCGCCCACACUGGAGGGGAAAACAAUUCAUCACUCGCCAUUGACUUUCUACUGUGUGAAGGUGCCUCUUUGUCACUUUCAUCUACUAGCAAACAACAGAAAAAUGCCUAAAAGCUGCUGUGUGGUGGGACGUACUACCAACAGGGUAAAGAACCCAGAACUAAGUUUUUAUAAGCUGCCGAACC